GAGAGAUCUGGGCAUCUGCAUGGUGCAAUGAGGGCAACGAUCCCACUUGGUUUGCUAGCGAAGCUUGUUCUUGCAGCUGCACACGCAGCAGCACUUGAGUGGACUUUAUCACUGCAACUCAUCGCUCGCCCCUCUGCGUACGUCCCGGUGCCCGCUCCCCACGUGGAAACGAGAUUCGUGGCAUCAUCUGCCCGCUCUGCUGGCGCCCGCUCAUCGGCCCGCUCCUCUUCGUCCGCUCGGCGCGUGACAUCGUCAUCCCGUCGCGCUUCGCCGUCUUUUCGCUCUUCCCGGCGUGCCCCCUCCAUUCCUCGCCGAUUACAGCCUCGCACAAGCAGCGGGCGCCGCCCAACGAGCCGUGGACCGCCACGCAUAGACAGCGCAAAGCGACUAAGGCCAUCUGCCAGCCAUCCACCCGAGAGGACGGUGCGGCCAAGCGGCACUCGUCGGGCCGAGGUACGCCCAAGGCGGCAGGGCGAUCCCCAUGAGCACGAGCAUGAGCGUCCAAGGCUGCCCAGGCAAUGGCGAUGGGGCAGCCAUCACGAGGCCGACCAUGACGAGGACGAGAUAAGACGGGGGCGUGGUUAUUCGGCAGCGGAGUACCCAUCCCCUCUGCACAGCCUCAGGCUGCCUCACAUACGGAGAGCAAGGGUCUACACUGACGACGUGACCACAUGGCCAUCCGAAUGGGCCGGACCGAGAGCUGAUCGUCAUGACCAUGGCGACUCAAGAGACGAGGCUGAGAGGACCGAGUCCUCAAGGAGGGGCUUCUUCCUAUCGCACACCGCGGCGGCUCUGCUGGGUGCAGCGGCUGUCGGUUUUGGGUCACCCAUGGCGGCCCAGGCUGUGGUUCAGUUCGAUCGAGGUCGUUAUGGCGACAAAGAGCUCAAGAUUGCAACCGUCAACAAGCUCAAGCAAACGGUCGGGCUGGCCAUCACUGAGAAGCCGCAUCUCGCAGGGCAGCUGGUGCGCCUCGCCAUCUCCAAUGCCCUCUCUUACGUUGCUGCCACAGGUGGGAGGCAUCACCCACCCUGCACACACACAGGAGUGAGCGCUGUCGCUUUGUUUGCUUUGUGUGUGUGCAGGUGAGGGUGGUUUGGACGGCAGCAUUCGGGAGGAGGUCGACCAGCCCGAGAAUGCAGAUGUGCGUGAGGCAGUUGAGCUGCUCGAGAGGAUCCGCAAGGACAUCAAACGCACUAACGAGGUCACAUUCGCCGACCUCCUCUCGUACGCAGGUAGGUGUUGUUACCUACGGACCCUGCAGCGGAUUCAUUGCACACGGAAUGAUUUGUUUGUCGGAACCAGGCGCUGAGGCUAUUGAGCUUGUUGGCGGCCCUCGGUUCUCGCCCCAGCUCGGCCGUGGACAAACGAUGGGUCCUUCGAAGACCUCAGCCCACUUCGACUGGGGCAAGAUCGACGCCGCUGAGGCGGUGCGGGCAUUCGAGAGAAGCGGAAUGUCGCCGAAAGAGGCCGCUGUCAUGAUAAGUAAGCGCGCCAUGGUGUGCCGACGGACAGGUGCAUUCAUUCACUCAUAUGCUCAUAUGCUGCCUCGUGUGUCAGGCACUGUCGCAUGGGUCGAUCGUAUCACGGCAAAGGAGGAGGCCCAGCGCGCAGAAAGAAAGAGCGACAAUGAUGAUGAUGACGACGAUGACAUUUUCCAAAGCGUGAGCAUGAGACGGAAAGAGAGAAAGAGCGAGUGCACACCACACGAGUCCAUUCCCUCGCCUGUGUGUGUGCAGGAGAUCCCCGAUACGCGAGUGGGGAUGCAAAAGUAUGGCGAGACACUGGGAGGCAAGUCGACCAAACUCACCGCUCAGUACCUCAAGAACCUCCUCAGAGGCGGAAACACCACGGAGCAAGCAUCACGGUGAGGUGCAGACAUGAGACAUACCCAUGGUUGGUAUCGUAUCAAUCAUCCUCUGCUCUGCGUGCGCAGGCUGGAGCUGGUGCUGCUCCAGAGCCCUCUGCGCGACUAUGUGGAGGUGCGCAUCACAACGAAUAACCGAUCGGUUAAUUACAACUGUGCACUCGUGCGUUUCCUGCCCCGUGUAUGUAUUGUAUGUGUGCUGCAGGCGUACGCCAAGGACAACAAGAGCUUCACGAAGGACAUAGCGGAGGUGUACCAGAAGCUGUCGCUGGCAGGAGCAUCCUACUCGUCCACACUCUUCACGUGAUUGAUUCAUGAUUCACCAAGUCGACCGACUGACUGACUGAGGGACAGAAAACCCCUCCACUGUGUGAUAAGGAUGGUUGGGUGGAUGAAAGAG